AUGUCGGAAGCACCAUUGACUGAUCUCACCAAGAUCGCCGUGCCUACCCUCCCCAACUUGUCGCCUCAGAUGCCCAAGCAAAAUGGCUUGUGGUCAUCCAACCCGGUGUUCUCCUACUUGAAUGAUGUCUACAUUAACAUCUCCGAGCACAGAAAGUCUUUGGGUUUGACUAACCCAGGUACCCUCGAAAACAUCUCCAAGGAGGUCAACAGAGACGUGUUCUUGAACCAAUACUUCUUCACUGGUUUGCGUGCCGACUUGAACAAGGCGUUCUCCUUGAACCCUGCAUUCCAGACCUCUCACACCUUGUCCGUUGGCUCCAACGCCUUGCCUCCAUACGCCUUCAGUGCCUUGUAUGCCAAGGAGGACUUUUUCGUUCAAGGUAACGUCGACAACGAGUUGUCUUUCAGCGGUAAGAUUAACUACGGUUGGGACCAGCACAAUAUCCUGAAGGUUACUUUGCAGAUUGCUCAUGGCCAGCCUGUCAUGUGUCAGUUGGAGCAGGAUUACCAGGCCAACGACUUCUCCGUCAACUUCAAGACUUUGAACCCUUCCUACUUGGACGGUGCCUUCACCGGUGUGGCCGUGGCCUCGUUGUUGCAGUCCUUGUCUAGUAACUUUGCUGUGGGUUUGGAGUCUAUGUAUUCCAGACAAGCUGUUUCUCUUCCUCCUGACAGUGCCGUCAACUACUUUGCUCGUUACAACGCUGGCAACUGGAUCGCCACUGCCACUUUGCAGGCGCAGGGUGCUUUGGUGGGUACUUUCUGGAGAAAGGUCACCGACAAGGUUGAGGCUGGUUUGGAGACCCAAUUGGCUGCUUCUGCUAAGCCAAUUGUUGACUCUAUGAUGGGCACUCCUAUUGGAUACGAGCCUGUUGUUGAGGGCCAGACUACCAUCGGUGCUAAGUACGAGUACCGCCAGUCUGUUUUCCGUGGUCAGUUGGACUCCAACGGAAAGGUUGGUGUUUUCAUGGAGAAGAGAGUGUUGCCAACCGUGUCCAUCUUGUUCUCGGGUGAGAUUGACCAAUCCAAGAACGCUUCCAAGUUGGGUGUGGGAUUGCAGUUUGAAUCUGCUGGUAAUGAACAGUUGAUGUUGAUGCAACAGGGUUUGGUGGACGCUAACGGUAACCCAGUGCCAGGUGCUCCUCAGUUGUAA